GUACUUAUUUGGUUGGUCAACCCAUCAGUAAACCUACAGAAGAAGACGACAUUGUGGUAGUCGUAGUGAACACAAAUAAUAAUAAUUUAAAAAAAAAACUUUUCUCCAGUGCUGAGUCCAUUUACUGAAUUGACCUCAAGUCUCAACAAGAAUUCUUCUACAGCUCAUCGUCAAAGAUGAAUGAUAUAAUCGAAUAGACAUCAAAAAGCAAAGGUUUCGUUAUAAUGGAGCAAAGUUUGCCAUCUGUGCUGACCCUCACACAAACAAACCCUGAAGAUAAAAUGAGCAGUAUGCUUUCUUUCAGUAACCAAGAAUCACUUUCAUUACACUGUAUGAGUGAAAAUAACACGGUGACAAAUACACUGGAAAAACAGUCAGACAUCACCGCAGCACAAGUUGAAGUCAAAGUGGAGUAUGAUCAAGAUGCCUCUUCAUUGGUUGAUUUGAACAUAAUAGAAACGUCCCCUCAUUCUUAUGGCGAUGCUACAGAUGAGUUCCUGGACCUUGGUCAACAAGUUAAGAAGGAAGUGCCUGAUGACUUAACUGGUCUAAUACCUCCAGUUGAGAUGGAAGAUGAGUUCGAAAGUAACACGCAUGCUUUUGCUGAUGAACCGAUGGAAGAUGAGUUCGAAAGUAACACUCAUGCUUUUGCUGAUGAAUCUCUGAACAGAAGAAAAAAUGUAGACAAAAGAAAGAACCGUUCAAGCAAGCAGAGUAUGGCAGGAAAAAGGAAAGCAAACGAGAGAAAUUCAGAUGCAUCAAGCAAAGGUAUGGAAUGUUCAGCAGAGCAGUGUGAGACGACAGAAAAAAUCAUAUCUACUAAAAUGAAAUCUGAUGUGCCAAGCAAAAUAAUUAAAUGUUCAGGUAGGCAGAGAAAAGCCUUAGAACAUCGCUGUGAGCCUGGUGAUAAAGCAGGUAAAAGCAGAGGAUUCAACAAACUACAGAAAGAAGAGCUAUUUAGGUGUGAAACCUGUGGGAAAGAAUUCCAGCGAUCCGACCUGCUUACAGAUCACGUGAAAAUUCACAGGAGACCGAAGCCGUACACUUGUGAUCAUUGUCAGAUGAAGUUCGCCAAGCCUUCUUAUUUGAAACUACACUUGCGUAGACAUGCUGGUGACAGGCCGUUUCCAUGUGACCAGUGUGAAAAGAGGUUUUUUGACAUGUAUGACUUAAGGGUGCACCAGAGAGAUCACACAGGAGAGAGACCUUAUAUUUGCUCUGAAUGCGGAAAGGGUUUUAAGCGUAUUUACAUACUUAACAAACAUAAACGGACACACUCAAAGGAGAGACCUUUUCAGUGCUCUGUGUGUGGUAAAGCAUACAGAUAUGGGUACAGUUAUAGGUUACAUAUGAAAGACCAUUAAGAUUAGAGUUCCUGAUGUGCAACAGCAUAUUUGUUAUAACCGUUUAGAAGGAAUCUGAGUUACUUAAAGGAAGAAUAUUUACCCAUGUAAAGUGUGUUUUAAUAUUCAUUGAAUUCUAGCAAUCUUUCUGACUGAAACUUUAUAAACUGCUCUUAUCUGUGCUUUUCUUACAGUUGUUUGAAAGAAUGAUUGAAUGAAGUAUCAUGGAUGAUGUAUUUUUGCUCUACUUUGAAGAAUGUAUGGUUAUUGGAAAAUGUAGCUGUCUAAUGCUUCAUUGUAUAACAUCUUUGCUUAUUGUAUAUUUUUAAUGUUAUACAAAAAAAUUGCUUUCAGCUUUCUACAACAAGCUCACAAUAAAAUAAGGAUAUU